CUUUGCCAUUAAAUAAAAUUAUUCAAAUUUUACACUAAAAUGGAGGUAAAGGACGAGAAAAGCGAAAUUCCUUUUUGUCGUUUGUGCCUGUCGACAUCGGUGGUUUAUUAUUCGCUGUUGAAACAAAGUGGAAAGGAAAUGUUGCAUUCCCUUACAGGAAUUCAGGUAGAUGGCGAGCUUCAGUCUACAGAAUCUUGUGUAAAAUGUUGGCUGGAUCUAAAAUCAGCCUAUCAAACCCAGCAGAGAUUCGUCAAGGCCGAAGAAACAUUCCAACUAAACGGAUUAGAAAGCGUCAAGUCAAGAUUCAAUCUUGCGAAAAAAUCUACAAGCGAUUUGUCAAUAGAGCCAGAACCAGUGACCAAUAUUACAGAGACAGAAACUACACCUGAAUUGGACGAUUUAUUGGAACUAGAGCAAUCGUCGAGCCACGAAAACGAAAUUGAAGAAAUUAUUGAAAACGAUUCAGAAAACGAGGAUUAUGGAGAGGUAAUCUAUAUAGAACAUGAUGAUGAUAGUUCGUUGCCUGAAAUCAAAGAAGAACCAAAACCUGCGUGUUUUAUAUGCGGAAUUAAAUGCGAAUCGGAGGCUGCAAUGUAUAGCCACACAAACGACCACUAUAAAGAGGAACAACUUUGUGACACUUGUUUAAUUAGUCUACCAAACAUUCCAGCUUAUAUGGAGCACAUUGAAAGUCAUCACCCUGAGUUGGCUAACAGGACUUAUUGUUGCGGCAUUUGCUCAUUGUCUUUUAGGUAUAUGCCUUUGUAUGACUUGCAUUUGGCAGCGGUGCAUCCUAGUACUGCUAAAACUGAAAGGAAGCGGAAAAGAAAUGUUGCUAAAUAUUUACCUGAAGGAAGUACGCUUAAAUGUGAUGAGUGUAAUAAGACUUAUAGUACUAAACAGUCUUAUAAUUCACAUAUUAAAGGUCAUUUAAAAAAACCAUGUCCAAUUUGUAAAAAUCUAAUAACAAUUUACAAUCUAAAUAAGCACAUAACUAAUCAUAAUGCCGGACCGGCUGUUUGUCAUUUGUGCGGCAUCACAACAAAAAAUCCGGAAAGCUUAAGAGGCCACAUGUACUAUACGCAUUCCCAGAAGAGGCUGAAAUGUGAAACUUGCGGAAGAAUAUUUAAAAAAUUGUACGCAUUUAAAAUGCACAUCAAAAAGGAACAUACCGGGGAUCGUUCUUUCACUUGCGACGCUUGCGGUAAAAGAUUCUUCACCAAAUACGAACUGAAUCAACAUAUACGGACUAGGCAUUUGAAAGAAAGAAAUCAUAUUUGUCAGUAUUGUCAUAGAGGAUUUUCUAGUAGAUUUUCUAUGAGGACUCAUGAAAGGCAACACACAAAUGAAACUCCGUACAUGUGCGAUGUUUGCGGGGAAGGAUUUCGUCAAAAUGUCUCGCUAAGGGCCCACAAAAAAUCAAAACACAAUAUUAUCGAGACUAAAAAUGCAGAAUGUUCAAUUUGUAGUAAAAUGUUCAAGGACGAUUGGGCUUUGAAAAGUCAUGUACGGUCUGUACAUGAUUAGGUAUAUUUUUUUGGUUUUUCAAGGAUUUAGUAUAAUAAUAAGAGGUUUUGUAUAAAAUCGUUAGAAAAUACUCAAAAUUGUAAUUACGCUGAUUUUUUUUUUUGUUAAAUAAAUAAGUUUUUUUUUUUUUCAUAUUCUUAUUUUAUACUUAAAUCCUUCGUCUAUAGUAUGUGUUCAUAUAAUUCAUUUCAGCAACCUUAUUAAUAUAUCCUUGAUUUAAUCCCACUACUUUUAUGGUUUUUUGGUAGAAACUUGAAAUGAUCCUUUUGAAUUUUGGAUUUUCCAGUUCAGUCACUAUACUUUGUCGCUUCUUGAGAAAGCGUUGAAGCCUUUAUGGUCCAAAUCUUCCAUUACUAUGGAGUCAUUUUUAGUUAAAUAGAAUGAAAUAAAUAUAUGUUAAAAUCGUUUUGUUACUGUUGUACACUGUGGAUUUUUUUUUUUACGUGAUGGAGAUCUGUUUAAAUCCUUGUGUUUACUGGGAGGAUUUUUCUGGUCUUGAUAAAGGCCUUAUAUAGAAGUAAAAAGUUCAAUUUGAGAAAACCUACGACAAAAAUAAAAGCCACCAAAAUGUAAAAAAAAAUUAUUUACUAUUUUAAUCAAUUACACAACAACAUACUGAAUAAUUUUCGCCUUAAAUUGUUUUUAUCAUCUAAAAUUAUGAACAAAAUAUAGGUUUUUUUUUUUUUCAUUAUGCCAAAGUUUACAUGAUGAGACUUGUUACAAAAACGAUAUACAAUUAACAAAAAAGAUAAAAUUACUGUGUAAAAGUCAAAAUAAUUUGAAUAUUGAACAAAACUCCAAUCAGGCUACAGUAUAAAAAUUAAACAGUUUUAUUUUUCUUAUAUCUUGUUGAGUCGAUCACAAAUUAUCAGAUUGUAUAUAUUUUUAUGUAUAAAAUGAAAAUAACUAAGUAUUUUUACAAUUUUUACAACGUAAAUCUACAAAUUUCAAUAUACAUAUUAAUAAUUAUUCACAUAAUAAUUGUCUACAAUAAAUAAAUAGUGUGGCUAGUGUUUUUUGGAAAUUUAAUUUAAUUUUAUCAAGCCACCAAACAAAAAAAACAGUAGGAACGACAUUUCGUUUAUUUCAGAGUACAUAUGUUAUGUACACAAUAUUUUGGUUUUCACUAGAGGUAAAUUAGCAAAAGAAAUUAUUUGUGAAGUUUUGAGUAUUUAGUAAAACCCCAAUUAAACCACUAACUGUUAUGUACAAAAGUUCUCAACCCGGACGAUUUUUGAAAAAAAUUUUAGUCAAUAUUGGUGUAAAUAAAUAAAAAAAAGCACAUAAUCAAAAGUCGUCCCUUGAAAGCCCGAUAAAAACAGAAAACUAUUCGUUUAAGCCUAAAAUCUCUAUAGUACAAUUAGAACUAAAUUUUUCUAAAAUAAUGUAUAAACAAAUACAUAAUAAAAAAUAAAUAAAUUGUGUUAAAAGAAAAAAUUUACAUGCCAAAAAAAUUCAUUUUUAAAAGCUGCAACCAACCAACUUUUUGGCACCCAGGAAUCGGUUUCACUAAUUCACUUUUAAGCCCGCACGUCACAUCUGUGUAUUUUUUUCGUGUAUUUCUACAUGUAUUUAUGCAUGUAAAGUGUAUUUUUUUUUUUUAAAGAUAAUUCCCCAAGUCAACUAUGCUGGCAGUACAAGCCUUUUUUACAUACAAAAUUUAAGAGCAUUGACAAUUUUACAUUGUAUUGCCAACAUAAUGUCAUUUUGACAUUAUGCUUGGCAACUAUAAAGGACUCUGCCCAAAGUAUACGGAAAUUUUGUAUGUAAUGUACAGAGUGAUCUAUUAUAAAUGUAACCCCCUGCUAACUUUUUCAUUAGACGUUUUUGACAGUAGUGUCAAAUACAAAAGUUACAAGAAAUUGUCAAAAGUUUUUAACUAAGUCAGUUUUAGACAUACAGGAUGCGUCAAAAAAGUGCAGCAGUAUGAAGUUUUUUUUUUUUUUUAAAUGGAAUACUAUAUAUUGUGCGCCUAUUUGGUAGUCCCCUUUAACCUGAUUUCAACGAUAUAUGGUUUAAUAUGUUUAUCCCUUGGUUUAUCUCCAAUAGUUAUAGGGAAAAACACGAAAAUUUCUUCCUAGGUCUCUCAUGUUAUUUUUUUUUUUAAUAAAUAUAAUAGCUUAGGCAUCUGGAUUAAUUAUAAUAUUUCAUCUUGUAUAUUAAUGAAUAAAAUUUGAAUAAAAAAAAUUCUUCAAAGCUUAAAUGGUAUAAUUUUCCUUUUUUCAAUAUGAAACCUUAAAAGGGGUUUUCAUGUUUUUCCCUAUAACUGUUGAAGAUAGACAUAUCAAACCCUAUAUCGUUGAAAACAGGUUAAAGGGGACUAACACAAUAUACAGGGUGUUCCAUUUAAAAAAAUAUAACUUCACGCUGCUGCACUUUUUUGACGCACCCUGUAUGCCUAAAAGUAACUUAGUUGAAAACUUUUAACAAUUUUUCGAAACUUUUGUAUUUGACACUUCUGUCAAAAACGUUAAAUGGAAAAGUUAGCAGGGGAUUACAUUUAUAAUAGAUCACCCUGUAGAUCAUGCCUUUCUGAUUAAAAGUUACCAUUGCACCAAUCCUGAAAAAUUACUAUACGUAGCACACCACUGCGCCAUAAGCUUACCUAUUUGUGUUACAUUGUAUGUACUUGAACAAUAACUUAUUAUAUAAAAUCAGAAUUUGUAAAAUUAUCCACAUUUGUCAAUUUGCCUUUCAACAGGAAUUAGUAAUGUUACCAAAAUAGUAACAUAAAGUUAUUCAAGUACAAACGAGUGGAUUGUUGCGGAAUUUAUGGGUGGAUCUCUGCGGGACGAGCGCAGCGAGUUCCGCAGUCAUCUACUCAUUAAUACGUUGUUCAAGUAUGAUACUAACCUGACUUACUCAAAUGUCAGUUAUUCUCAUUGGUUCAAAAACUACAAGUUUCAGGUGAGUGUCUUAUUUGAAUAGUUCACCAGUAUAUUGGUGAGUAGAUGGCUGUGGAACUCGCUGCGCUCGUCCCGCAGAGAUCCACCCAUAAGUUCCGCGUUAAUCCACCUAUUUGUACUUGAACAAUAACUUAUUAUGUAAAGUCAAAAUUUGUAAGAUUAUGAUUAUUCUCUUUUUGUAAAUUUGCUUGUCAACAGGAAUAUGUAAUGUUACUUUACCAAACUAGUAACAUAAUGUGACAAGUUAUUCAAGUACAAACGAGAGGAUUGUUGCAGAACUUAUGGGUGGACCAUCUUUUCAUCAAUAAGUUGUUUAAUUACGAUACUAAACUGACUCACUCAAAUGUAUGUUAUUCUCAUCAAUUUAAAAAUUACACGUUUCAAAUGAAUGUCUUACUUGAACAGUUCAACAAUAUAUUGGUGAAUAGAUGGCUGCGGAACUCGCUGCGCUCGUCCCGCAGAGGUCCAGCCAUAAGUUCUGCAAUAAGCCACUUAUUUGUAUGUACAGUUACGAUCAAAAAAAUCAAUACAAGAAGAAUCUCCGAAGUUUCCUGGUCUAUUAUAUAUUAAAUUAAUUCAUAACCAAAAAUGACAUAUUUUUGGCAUUUUUCGACAACUUUUUAACCUAGAAAGCUUCAGAUGACAUUACUUUGGCAUUUUUCCACCUGUUUUUAACCUAGAAUAUGUCAUAUGCUUGUCAAAAUUUUGUAUGUUACAUCGGGAGCUCAAAUUGGGGUUGAUAAUUUUUGUACUACUUUUUUUUUUAUCGCAACUGUACGUUCAUUACAAUGUCCAAGCAUUUUACUUGGUACCUAUGAAUACUAUGAAAUUAAUUUUCUCAAAAAGAAAUUAUUUUUCAGGAUUGGUGCAAUGGUAACUUUUAAUCAUCAUCAGGCAUUAUUUUAACGAAAUAAAGUUGCGUGAAGCAAUAAUCCAUUGAGUACCGAAAAAAAUUAAAUAAACAGUCUCGUGAUUACCGUUUUAUUUGAGUCGUUUUUUCCGAGGAGCUGGUUUUUCCGGGGAGCUGUUUUUUUUUUCGAGGAGCCGUUUUUUUCAACGAAUCCAUUCCCAAGAAGCCCACAUUUUUAAAAAACACCAUUUGUGUGAAGUGCGGAAUAGGGCUUUUGAAGGGAUUCCUAGAGGACUCAAGUCCCUCACGUAUUGACUCCUGUACCUCCACAUUUGAUGACAACUGAGAACUUCUAGCCUCUAGCUACCUUGAUUCAAGGCUAGAAUCUGCAACUUCCAUGUGCAAUUUCCCUCGUCAAAAAAAUGGAUGGCAAGAUGGCUAUCGUAAUACACCUUUUUUUGGAAUGGAUGCUUGUAUUAAGUUUCGGAAGGCGUGAUCUACAUUAUAUACAAAAUUUAACCAAUUCCGACAUAAACACAAUCUCCGUAUACUUUGGGCAGGGUCCUUUAUGCUGUCCAAAAAGUUAAAGACACGGCUAAUAUUUUCGCUUCACAUUGAUGUAUUUAUGUAUAAAUACAUGAAAAAAUAUACAGUUGUAAUGCAGGCUUUAACUUGUAGCAUGUUAAUUAAAUAUCCCAUAAUACAAUAACAAUAAUUUUAGAAUAAAAGUAAAAUUAGUAUAAAAAAAAAAACAGGUAGGUUGAGAUCACAAAAUGUAUACAUAAAUCUAAAUUUUCUAAUGAGCUUAUUUUAAAAUUGAUGAAAUAUUGUAAUAAGAAUUGUGCAUACUUGUCUGUUUUUGGCUUGGUAUCCACACUUAAUUAAUAAUUAUUUUGAAUUUUGGCUUGAAGCGUGAAGAUUACUUGGAUCAGUUUUUCCUAAGGUUUUGGAAUGUAUUUGUGACAAAUUUUAUCCAUUAGUGGAUUAGAAUUUUAGAUAGAAGAAAAGUACCUAUAGAUGAACACAAUGUUGUCCUCAUAUUGCCUGAUACUUUUACCAAUGUAUACGGAUUGUAAAAAAAACCUGGCAAGUGUCCUUAUAUAGUUGGAAGACAUUCCAGCCCUGGAACCAUUAGAUAUCCUAAAAUUCUUGGCUUGACAGCAGAAAGAUACAAUAGAUCAAUCUUGGUUGCAGUAGUGCAACUGAUAUUUCCAACACAUACAUACAUACAUACAAACUGGAUCAAUUCACUUAAUAGGGCUGGUAGACUAGACUCAAAAGUGAAAAAUCAAGUAAUUUCAAAUAAGUAAUCUUCCUUUCAUGAAACUAGUAGGGCACUUUUAUACUUACAAUCACAAUAAAAAUUAUAACAAAAUUUCACCAAUAAAAAUAUACCAAGACUUGACAUUAAGCAUGCAACAAAAAUACUAAAAAUUCAAAAAAACCUAGUAUUGAUAAACACCUACAAUAAGCACAAAAAUACUCUCCAACUCUGUGGAAGCAUUUUAGAUUUUUUAAGAUUGGAAUAUUGUUGUGCCUAGUGCGAAACAACAGUCGUGUGAGCGGGCAGUUUCAGUUAGAAUUAUUAUUAUUAAUAAGGACAUGACUAUUGUUUAAACAAUCAAUUAUUGUCCUCAAGAAAAUUAUUACAAAAUUACAUCUAAUAGGUUUGUUUUAGCAGAAAACAUGUUUUAAGUCCGUAUCAUAUAUGUGUAUUUUUACAUGAUUAUGUUGCGUUUAUGAAAAAAUUCACAGAAAAAUACACAAAUGUAAUACAGUAAUAAGUACCUUCUGAAAACAUACCUAUUAUAGCCAAUCAAAUGGUGGCCUACUGGUAACCCUGACACAUACCUCAAAAGCCUUAAUAAUUAUUAUUUACCUCUAAUAGUUCUAAAUUCUUCAAACUGAAAGUUCAAUGUUCGUUUUUGUGAAACUAAAACACAAAAAUCCCCUUUUACUGGUGUUCAUUGUUGGACCUUUUCAGCUUCUCGAAAACGUUGUCUAGGUUCUUUUGCUGGUUCAGCAGUUGAUAGUGUCGGAUCGUUUCCAUUGUUGGCUGGUGUUGAAACUGAUCUACAUUAAGAAUUUUUGUUUUAAUUUUCAAGCAACAAUAAUAAUGAUUAUUUUUAUUUAUUUUUUUCUUUCUUCCAUUCUUCAAAACAUCUUCUUCUGAUCUUCAUAAGGCUUCGUAAUAAUUAUUAAAAAAAAAAAAAAAACAAUAACAGGACUAGCAUUAUUCAAAAAUUUAAACGAAACAAACUUGGUCAAUUAUCUAAAUUUAAUUGAAUAUCAGUAAACUGACUUGGAUUUGAAGGCGUCGCCAUCUUGAUGGUUAUUGGCGUACUUCUUCGACUUGAUAUUGUUGCCGUUUGACCAGGGAUUGUUUGCUGUCUUGUAGGCCUCUGCAAUCAACAAAUAUAAACAUCUAAAUAACUAAAAAUAAAAACUUAUUACCUGUAGCUGAGAUAUUAGCUGAAACUGAGGAUUACCAGGCCUCAGUUGCAACGUUUGCGACCCCCCAGCUGUCCUUAUAUUAUGAUGAGUAAUAUUUUUGACGUUUCCUGAACUUACUAGAUGAG